GUCGAAGAUUUUCUUGAAAUGGAUACGAGAAGUAUUGUCGAACAGGAUACAACGCAUACAUGGAAUGAGCGACAUCGUCAGUUAACGAAAACUAUUGCGCAGGUGCUCGAAGAUUAUUCCAUUGUAAAGUUUGUUCCGCUUAACUGCGAUGAAGAAGAAAGCGUUGAACAGUUAUUACUCGUUAUCGAUACUACGAUCCAAUAUGGUGAAGAUCUCGAAGUAAGAGACAGGUAUCCAGAAGAGGAAGAUCCAGAAGAAAGAGAAAACUAA